UCUCCCGCGUUUCCGGUAUCUCCAGAAGCUCCUGCUGGUUCACGGACACUGGUGCUACUCCCGACUGGCGAACAUGAUCCUCUACUUCUUCUACAAGAACGCUAUGUUUGUCGCGCUCAUCUUCUGGUAUCAGUUCUACUGCGGGUUCUCCGGUUCGGCCAUGAUUGACCAGUGGUAUCUUAUCUUCUUCAACCUGAUGUUCUCCGCCUUCCCACAACUCAUCACUGGCACUCUGGACAAAGACGUGUCAGCAGAGACUCUCCAACAACUACCUCAGCUCUACGUGAACGGCCAAAACUCCGAGGAAUACAAGCCAUACAUGUUCUGGAUGAACAUGAUUGACGCCUUCUACCAAAGUCUGAUCUGCUUCUUCAUCCCGUACUUUGCCUACGCUGACUCUGAUGUCGAUCUGUUUACAUGGGGGACGCCCAUCACCACGCUCGCUUUAUUCACCAUUCUGGUGCAUUUGGGCAUUGAGACCAAAACCUGGGUAAGGAGCUGAAUAAUCAGCGUUUCUCCUCUUUAAAUGCGACACCUCCUCUCUGUCUCUGAUAUCAGCUUGUUGCUCUGAGAGCGCAGAUGUGAACUCCUGCAGGUACGAGGACGUUUAACUGCAGCUGAUCGGACUGAAGCUCUGCAGCGUCGCCCUCGACAGACCCCCUCCCUCCAAAACACCCGUUCACAUUUUCCCUCCCACGUUCCCUCGCUGCCCUUCCUCCGUUUUUACUCUCGGGUAACCACGUGUGGUUCUCGUAAACGGCCCGGCGGUCUCGGGCAUGAGCCAUUUUAAAUUUAUGAC